AUGGCCGAGAUCAUCACAAUCAUUUGCAAACGCACCGUAGUGAGCACAAAGCCAGUCCAAGCAGGAAAAAGCUACCCCCUAUCUGUCCUUGACCGCCACAUGGAACACAACCAUCUUAGGAUGGUCUUGUAUUACCCAUCAAUGGGUGCCCCAACAGAGCCGGGUGAGAUAACAGGGAGGCUCAGAGAGUCCCUCGCCGUCACGCUUACACAUUUCCCGAUCGUUACAGGCCGGUUGCAGAAGAAUGACAACGAUCAGUGGAUGAUCAAGUGCAAUGAUGCUGGCGUGAGAAUGCUGGAAGCUAAGGCCAAAGGGAGUUUGGAGGAGUGGCUAAGGAACAUGGAUAGAGACAAGGAGCUUAUGCUUGUUUAUUGGGAGGAAAUGUACCAUAAGCCUUACUUUUGGUCAACAUUUUAUGUUCAGAUUACUGAAUUUGAGGAUGGUGGAUUGGCAAUUGGGCUAAGUUGCACUCAUCUCCUUGCAGAUCCUACUUGUGCCACCAUGUUUAUCAAGGCUUGGGCCGACACAUCCUUUCCGGGCAAAAUGAUGAGUCCUCCGUUUUUCUAUCCGUUGCCACCGCGGAGACCCGACAACACAAGGCCCAACUACAAGCCCUAUAAUUCUUUGAUCAACCACUACAAAGCCUCCAUCAACAAGUCCAUUGAUCUUGUAGACAAAAAGCACACAACUGUUAGUUUCGGUUUUUCGGACGACAUGGUUCGGGCCUGCAUGGAAAUGGCCCAGCCUAAUGGUGCAAAUGACAAAUUAAGCCCAUCACCAUUUGAGGCCCUGGCUGGGCUAUUUUGGGUCUGUAUUAGCAAGGUCAAAGGAAUGAGAAAUGGCCUUAUUGACAUGUCCAUAUCUUUGGAUGUGAGAAAGGUUUUGGGUUUGGAUAAAGGCUUCUUUGGAAAUAGCACGGUUUAUAACAAGGUCCAUCUAGAGAGUUUCCAAGAAAUAGUCUAUCACAAGCUACAACUUCUAUAG